GAAUAUUUUUAGGUGUCUUCUUGCCGUGAUGUUUUUCUGUGGAUUGAUUGUCUUUUGGGGACUGACCGACGUGUAUCAGUGACCGUGUGUGGCUGAGAUACAGACUACAAGUUCAUUUACUGACCCAUCUGGAGUUUUUUGGUGUCUGUGACUGAGUUGGUCAGCAGUUGUUUUUAACAGAAGAGGACAACAACACUGUUUUCAUGAAGCUGACGCAGCGAAUGAAACUAUUGAAGCACUUUGGCUCUGUGCCCCCCGAGCCUCCACCACCACUUCUGGUGGUGCCUAAACCAGGCAUGGAGGAGUUAACAAUAUGGGAGCAACAUACAAUAACACUAAACAAAGAUCCCAAGCUGGGGUUUGGUUUUGCCAUAUCAGGAGGCAAGGACAAGCCUCAUCCAGACAACGGGGAUACAGCUGUGGUUGUGUCAGAUGUGCUGCCAAAUGGACCAGCCAUGGGACGACUCUUCAACAAAGACCAGAUUGUCAUGGUGAAUGGAACGUCCAUGGACAACGUCCACUCUAAUUACACCAUUCAGAUCCUGAAAUCGUGUGGCAAGACUGCAAAUAUAACAGUGAAACGCCCUCGCAAGAUCCAAAUACCCGCCACCUCCAGGCCGUCUCGGGCUGCCUCCCACUCCAACCUGCUGGACCACGACCCUCCCAGACGAACACGACGCUACUCUGACGGCAGCGACAACCGAGAUGUCAGUCGGUACCGAGCCCGCAGCGCCACGCCUGAUCGUAACGGGCACGGAAACGCUCUGCCGUUAAUGUCAUCGGGUUACAAGAGGCUGCCACACCAGGACGUUGCAGAAAAACCCAUCAGAACUACUCUGGUUAAAAAGAAAAUCACAGAUGAGUAUGGAUUGAAGCUGGGCAGUCAGAUCUUUAUCAAGCACAUGACAGACACAGGCCUGGCUGCAAAGGAAGGCACACUGCAGGAGGGAGACCUCAUUCUCAAGAUCAAUGGAAUGACGACUGAGAAUCUGUCCCUGCUGGAGACAAAGCACCUGGUGGAGAAGAGCAGGGGCAAACUGACCAUGACGGUCCUCAGGGACAACCGCAAGUUCCUGGUCAGCAUCCCAGAGGUGGAGGACAGCGCCCCCAACAGUGAGGAUGACCGCCGCCGAGACAGCAGCUCCGAAUUCGAUGACAUUUCAGACAUUGAUGCAGACAUGCCCACUCACAGAACAUCUCGUCCACCCACCAGAGAGAAACGGACCCGCAGAACGAGAGCUGAACCUCCUCCAUCAAAGUCUCGGGAUUCAUCACCUGUGCGCUCCACCUUGACUCGGCCUCCUGCAAGACCCUACGCCUCUCGCAGAGCUCCAUCGGAGUCGGAGUCUGAUCGCAGCGCCUCUCCUCCUCCCGUCAGGAGAGACAAAGACAGUCCUGACAUGAGGGAUCAGCCUGGCAAAUACAAAGCUUUCUCCGGUUUGUCCACCCUCCCCAACCCCCGGUCCUCUCCUGUAGUACACAACUGGACCACCUCUCGCUCUUCCUCCCCUUCCUCGCGGCCCCGCAGGCCGGUGUCGGAGUCGGACUCUGACCACAGCGCUUCCCUUCCUCCAGUCCGAGAGAGCUCGCGGCCAGACAGCAGAUACAAAGUUCUCCCUGAUCUGCCCCACCCAGGCAUGAGAGCUUCUCCCAUCAAUGUUCGCAAGGAGCCACCAAGGAGGGUCAACUCGCCUGUCAGAGUCCCGCCCCCGGACUCUGAUUCCGAGUCAGACGGCAGCUCGGCGCCUCCUCAGAGGCAGAGCACCUCAUACAGUCAAGACUCCCUCAGCAGAUACAGAGUGCGGCCAGAUGUUGCCGCGCAGCCCCAGGUGGAGCCGCCACGAUGGAGCGCCACCAGUGUCACUGCCAGCAAUCCGCCACAGAAAGCUCCUUCAGAGUCUGAAUCAGAGGCCAGUUACGCAUCUGUCCCUCGCAGGGAGUCUACAGACAGCGGAAACUCCAACACAGUCAACAACAGAUACAGAGUCAUUCCUGAGAUGAAGUCCACUUCAGUCGCUGUGAAGCAGGAGCCGCCUCGUCGUGUCCCAUCACCCACCAGACCACCUCCCGAUGAUUCCUCAGAGUCAGACCAGCUUUCACAUCUCAGGAGGUCUGGAAGCUCUGAGCGGGACGUAAGCCACCACAGUGUUCCUCGUGCUGCUAAUGGAACUGGCACCCUCAGGUCCGGCAUUUCAGUGAAGAGCAACCCACCACUCUACUCCAAGACUGCAGAAGAGCCCAUCUACUCCUUACCUCCAGAUUCUUACCCAUCACCUAAUCCAGGGUACAGCUCUGACGUGCACACCGUGUCGUUUGUGAAGGAGGGCAGCGUAGGCCUGAGGCUUGUGGGGGGCAACGAUGUCGGCAUCUUUGUAGGUGGAGUGCAGCCAAACAGCCCUGCGUAUGACCAGGGAAUGAAAGAGGGAGACCAGAUUAUGCAGGUAAAUAAAGUUGAUUUUGGCCAUUUCACACGUGAAGAGGCGGCCAACUUCCUCCUGAACAUCAAGAAAGGAGAACAUGUGGAAAUUUGCACUCAAAACAAGAUGGACCUUUAUAAGAAGAUCAUCAAGUCCAACCUGGGAGACAACUUCUACAUCCGUACCCACUUCGACCACGAAGCAGACGGCCCCAUUGGCCUGAGCUUCACCAGAGGAGAGGUGUUCAGGGUGGUCGACACAAUGCACCGCGGGAAGUUGGGCAACUGGUUGGCCAUCCGCAUGGGGAACGACCUGCACGAGAUGGAUAAAGGCACCAUCCCCAACCAGACCAGGGCUGAGACGCUGGCCAGCAUCGAGCAGGCACAGCGGCCGAGUGGAGAGAGGCAGGUGUCGGGGCCGAGAGCUGAGUUCUGGAAACUACGGGGGCUCAGAGGGAACAAAAAGAACGAAAAGAACAUCCGUCGGUCUCGAGACGACCUGCUGCAGCUCACCAUUCAGGGCAAAUACCCGGCCUACGAGAGAGUCCUGCUCAGAGAAGCUAAUUUCAAACGGCCCAUUGUCAUUCUUGGUCCUCUUAACGACAUUGCCAUGGAGAAGCUGGCCAGAGAGAUGCCUGAUGAAUAUGAGUUGGCAGAAAUGGUUCCUCGCAGUGGAGCAGGAGACAGCGGCUCCACAGUUAUUAAACUGGACACUGUGAGGAGAAUAGCAGAGAAGGACAAACACCCUCUUCUGGACAUCACGCCCACUGCAGUGGAGCGACUCAACUACAUCCAGUACCACCCGAUGGUGCUGUUCUUGGACCCUCACAGCCGCAAGGAAGUCAAGGCCAUGAGGCAGAGGUACAGCCCCAACUCCAACAAGAGCUCCAGGCGCCUUUACUCACAGGCCCUCAAGCUGAGGAAACACUGCAGCCACCUGUUCUCAGCACGAAUUGACCUGCAGCCCAGUUCCAAUGUCUGGUAUGAGAGUCUGAAGGAUAAGAUCCGCCACCAACAGUCCAAACCAGUCUGGGUGUCUGAAGUCACGUUGGAGAGUGGUGGAGAGCAGGACCUGGAUGCUCUGGACCAAACCCAGUCAGACUACCUCAGUGCUGCUAGUGACCUGGAGGACACCGACGGAGAGGCCUUCACGGACGGAGAGGCCUACACCGACAACGAGGAUCUUGAAGAGGCUUAUCCCGGACAGGAGGCAGCCAGACCCCCACGAGGCACCAGGGUAGCAGGAGCCGCUUUGGCCCGAUCAUCGGAGCCGGCCUCCGGGCACCACAGCCCCACCAUGGACCCCACGGACCCCGAGCCUCACGCUGACAGGUACUCCCUCAGAGAAAUCCCACCUUUAAUGCACGUACCUGAGCCCAGAUCCACCCGCCGGGAUUACAGCCCACCUCACAGCGCUGCUGAGGAGGAGGACCCCUCUCAUCGCAGUUUUACAGACUCAGACUUCAGCGCUCUUGAUGUUAUUGAGCCCACCACUCCAUCAGACGGACCUCCGGAUUUUAUAGCCCCCGACCCCUCCACUCGGCACUCUGUGACUGAGCCCUCAUAUGCUGAGGUGCUGCCUGAGAGCCCACAACACACCAGCCUGUCUGCUAUUGAAGAGAAAUUACAGCAGGCUCGCUCGGCAGAGCCACAGGCACAGCCGGAGGAAAAGAAAGGCCCUCACUUCAUCGUGCUAGCGCAUCAUCACCAAGCGGUCCAGUUCAGACGCACGCAGAUCCGAGGCAGCGACAGCUCGGAGGAUGAUGAGGAUGAAGACGAUGACAUUGAAUGGGGUCCUGCAACAGAACUCUAGACACAUCGAGGAUUAAAACCGGAGUUGUACGGGACAUAGAAACAGUUUCACUCCCCUAAGAAACUCGUUUCUUGGAGUAUUUAGUUGGUUUUAUCUGAAGAUGUUGAUCGGCCUGCUCUAGGGCCCUGUUCAGGUGUGCGAUAGUAGAAACUGCAGUGUUCAGAAUUACUACAACCUUUUACUAUGAGUUUUUAACAUCUAAAAAAAGGUUCUCAGAUUAAUGUUAAGAUCAAAGUGCCUGAUUUCUUUUCAGAUGUUUAUUUAAAUAAGCCUAUUUGAAACAAAUCAGUUUGCUCUUUGUUAUUGCUAUUGCAUGAAACAUAUCAACAAAUUCUAGUUGUAUUAGAAACUAAAUGAGUCUCUUUUUAUGGACAUAGGCCAGGACACUUGUGAAAUAUUUGAAUGCCUCUUUAACAACCUUUUCUACAUUAAAGUGUUUUGCUGA